GGAACAGAGCACACCAAAACAAAGAGUUGAAGUUACAUGAGAGUGAUGACAUUCUCCGUCUUCAAACUUCUUCUGUCAUCAUUCCUUCUCUGCACUUUCUUGCAGGAACCCGCCAAUGCCCUUAGAAAGACGUACAUUGUGUACUUGGGAGGGCACUCUCAUGGUCCAGAGCCUUCUCCCACUGAUCUUGAAACAGCAACAAAUUCCCAUCAUGAAUUACUCGCUUCUGUCUUAGGAAGUCAUGAGGACGCAAAGGAAGCAAUAAUGUACUCUUACAACAAGCAUAUCAAUGGCUUCGCGGCCUUGCUUGAAGAGGAAGAAGCAGCAGAAAUUGCAGAGUACCCAGAGGUAGUUUCUGUUUUCUUGAGCAAAGAGCACAAAUUGCACACUACGAGGUCAUGGGAUUUUCUGGGACUGGAAAAGAAUGGAAAAGUUGCUGAAAACUCUGCUUGGAGAAAAGCAAGAUAUGGGGAAAACACAAUCAUAGCCAACAUUGAUACAGGAGUUUGGCCAGAACACCCAAGCUUUAACGACAAAGGAUACCGGGCAGUACCUGAAAAGUGGCGCGGGAAAGGUGUUUGUGAAAUUGACAGUUAUAACACUACACAAAAACAUUUUUGUAACAGGAAGUUGAUCGGAGCAAGAAUAUUCUUGAAGAAUCGCGAGGCGGAAGUUGGGAAGAUUGAGAGCGCGUUCCGCAGUGCACGUGACUUCGUAGGGCAUGGGAGCCACACUUUAUCAACUGCAGGUGGUAGAUUUGUUCCUGGUGCGAAUGUAGAACGUAAUGGCAAAGGCACUGCUAAGGGAGGGUCCCCAAAAGCUCGCCUUGUGGCCUACAAAGCAUGUUGGAAUAAACUGGACACAGGAGGGUGCCACGAAGCAGAUUUACUGGCAGCUUUUGAUCAUGCAAUUUAUGAUGGCGUUGAUGUCAUCUCCGCCUCUAUUGGUUGGUCCAAUCCCUACAGGGAAGCUCUGUUAACGGAUGGUAUUUCUAUAGGAUCAUUCCAUGCAGUCCAAAAAAAUAUUGUCGUUGUUUGCUCUGCUGGAAAUGAUGGCCCCUCACCUUCAACUGUCACAAACGUCGCACCCUGGUCCUUCACCGUUGCUGCCAGCACCAUGGAUAGGGAUUUCCUCAGCACCCUUUCUCUUGGCAAGGACAAAAAAGUUGAGGUUGCCAGUCUUAAUCGAGGCUUUCGACGAAAUGAGCGAAAGUUUUAUCCCAUCAUAUUUUCUGUCAAAGCAAAGCUUCGUAAUGCCUCCGCUGAUGACGCGCGUGUUUGCAAACCGGGAACUCUUGAUCCUACCAAAGUAAAAGGGAAAAUACUUGUCUGUCUUCGAAGUGAUAAAUUACAAUCUGUUAAAGAGGGUGAACAGGGUAAACUUGCCGGUGCUGUGGCAGUUUUGGUGCAGAAUGAUAAGGAAAGUGGAAAUUUACUUCUGGCCGAAAAUCAAGUUUUACCUGCUGGAAGUAUAAGUGGAACAGAUACUGAUUAUGCCAAUCGUACAGCCGCCGGUACAAGCGGCGGUGGCGGGAUAUUUGCCUACUUGAGUGCUGCAAAAACACAUCUAAAUGUAAAGCCAGCUCCAAUCAUGGCUGGAUUCUCAUCUAGGGGUCCUAGUCUGGUGCAACCGUUGAUACUAAAGCCUGACAUAACUGGUCCGGGUGUGGGUAUAAUUGCUGCCUUUUCACAAGCCGCGGGUCCUUCUAAUCUUGCAUCAGAUACACGUAGGACUCUUUUCAAUGUGCAACAAGGAACUUCUAUGGCCUGUCCUCAUGUUGCUGGCAUUGCGGGUCUUCUCAAAACCUACCAUCCAACCUGGAGUCCCGCAGCCAUCAAAUCUGCUAUUAUGACUACAGCUACAACUUUAGAUAACACGAAGAAACCAAUUCAGAAUGCAUUUGAUAAGGUAGCAACUCCAUUUGAAUACGGUGCCGGACACGUUCAACCUAACCUUGCAAUAGACCCUGGACUCGUUUAUGAUCUAAACACAACUGAUUACUUGAACUUCUUAUGUGCUUCUGGUUACAAUCAAGCCCUUCUCAAGUUUUUUGCCAAUUUGGAAGUCCCUUACAAAUGUCCAAAGUCUUUCAAAAUUGAAGAUCUUAACUACCCUUCAAUUACAAUACAUCAUCCCACUUCAAAGCCUAAGCAUGUUACUCGCACUGUUACAAACGUUGGGCCUCCAGGCAAAUAUAAUGUGAGUACUAAUCCACCCAAAGGGAUUAAGAUUGUUGUUGAACCAAGUUCCUUGACUUUUAAGAAAACCGGAGAAAAGCAGACGUUUCAUGUUACUCUGCAGGCAAAUGGAGUGCCACAUGGGUUACCCUUAUUUGGGAAUUUAUCUUGGACAGAUGGCAAGCACACAGUAACCAGUCCAAUCACUGUGCUUUAACCUUAGAUAUUACUCUUGUCGUUGUUUUGUUGUGAUGUCAUUUUUGUGUGUUUGAGAUUGGUGUUUCUUGGGUUGUAAAAUAAGAGUGUUUCCUAUUCCUUUUGUUUUGAACUCUGUCACUAAAAUAAGGUGUGUUAAGUUUUGAACUUUUUUGCAUUGAGCUUGUUUGUAAAAAACAGAAUCACAUAUGGAACUUGUGCUUUUGAAA